AUGCUCUUUCUCUUUUUUUUCAUCGGGUUUGUCUAUUCUCAAGUCACACCGGAUGAGCUCAUUUCGAUGCUCAAAAACACGCCAAAAACCAUCAAUAAAAGGUCGAUUUUGGAGAAUCAUGAUAAAUUGUCGGACGAAUUUCAUAAUCCGAAUUUGCCGGAUGGAAGUAUUGUGCAGUUAGCCUAUGUUACACCGGUGAGGACUUUUGGGGGAUAUUAUUGAGCUCUUUCAAGGAGCCGAGUCUAGACGUAAGGUCAAGAAAGGGAGCCUACAGGUUAGAUCCCUGAAGAAUCCGCGCCUAGACGUAAGCUCGCGGUCAAGGAAGGGAGCCUACAGGUUAGAUCACCAUAGAAGCCGAGUCUAGGAAUAAGCUCUGUCAAGCAGCGGGCCCUACAUCUGAAUUAUGCUAAGGAGCCGCUCCUAUAGCUUUUAAACAAAAUUAUCAACUCUGAAUCCCCCUAUAAAAAAUCAAUAAUUUUUUUGCAGUGGAACAACCGCGGCUACGAUUUGGCCAAACAAACCGCUCACAAACUCUCUCACAUCUCACCAGUUUGGCUGCAAGCCAAACCCGACUGCAAAAUCGAAGGAACCCACGAUAUUGAUCGAAAUUGGAUCAGCGAUUUACGAGCGAAAAAUGAGAAGCUCAAAAUUGUGCCAAGAAUAAUUUUCGAAGGCUGGUCUCGUGAACAAAUGGAACAAUUAUUGAUCUCCCCGCAAAAUGCUAGAAAUUGCGCCAAAAAUAUUGCCGAUUUCUACAGUAGGAAUGAGUUUGAUGGAGCUGUUGUUGAGAUUUAUAUGCAAGCUUUAAUGACGAUGCAAAGUCUUCAAGCAAAAGUUUAUAUCAUUGAAACUAUGGAGCAGAUUGCCAAGGUUUUCAAAAAAUCCGCGCUGGAAGUCAUUUACACGGUUCCUGCACCACUGGAUCAUAAAAAUCAGCCAAAUCAACUAAUUGAGCCAAAAGAAUUUGAGAAAAUGAUUGGAUUCUCGAAUUAUGUACAAAUUAUGACGUAUGAUUAUCGAUCGGAGCAAAUUUCGGGAGUUGCACCGUAUGAUUGGGUCGAGAACAAUUUGUAUUACUUGGGGAACGGGAGAAUGCCCAGGAUUUUGUUGGGCAUCAAUUUUUAUGGAUAUGAAUUUACACAGGGAAAUGUGGAGCCGAUGAAAGGAGACAGGUUUGUGCCUUAUAUUUUUAGGGUGGAAUUUCUAGAGUUACUGAAUCUCUGGAACUACCGUAGUUAAAAAAAAUUCACACUUUUGCGUUAAACCUAGGCUGCCUACUGUGGCACUGAAAAAAUCCACUCUUGCGUUACUGUAGUUCUAAUAAUCCAGAAUAUUAUUUCCAAUAAUCCAAAAGUUACUGUAACUCGAAAAUUUCUACUUUUAGCACUGAAAUGCUAAAGUUACUGUAACUCAAAAAAUCCCAAUUUUCAUGUACAAAAUAUGGAGUUACUGUAACUCAAAAAUUUUCAGAUUUUUGCUUUAAAACCUAGGCUUCCGACUGUGGCUCUAGAAAAUCCAUUAUUGGGUUACUGUAGUUUAAAAAAAUUCUGGGGUUUUCCACGAAAAGUCUAGGCUACUGUAUCUCAAAAAAUCAAUAUUUUUGCUCUAAAAAUUUAGAAUUACUGUAACUCGAGUAUUACUACCUUUAGCACUAUAAAUUUAAUUUUUUGUGCUAAAAAUUCAGGAUUACUGUAGCUCAAAAAAUCAGGAAUUUUGCAAAAAAUCCUAGAGUUACAAUAACUCUUCAGGCCCCCCAAAAAAAUUAGUAUUUUUUUCCAGAUUCCUCGAAGCUCUCCGCCCAGAAUCCAGCCAAUACACUUUCGACAAUUCAGUAAUGGAGCACAAACUCGUCACACCAAAAUCCACCAUCUACUAUCCAUCUCUAUCCUCUCUAGAACUUCGCAUCAAUCUAGCGCAUCGUAUGGAAGCCGGUAUCGCAAUUUGGGAUUAUGGACAAGGUCUUGAUUAUUUUACCAAUCUAUUGAUCUGA